AUGGAAUCAUCAGACGUUAUAGAUUAUGAGGCUUUGCCUGAUCAUGCACCAUUGGCACAUCAACUUAUGGCCGGUGCUUUUGCCGGUAUAGCUGAGCACUCGGUUAUAUUCCCUCUCGAUGCUCUGAAGACAAGACUUCAAGCAAUGCACGCUAUAAGCACAACCGGUGGCCAGCCUAUCCCAUCUACAAUGCUAAGACAAUUGUCUAGCAUAUCAGCACAAGAGGGUUCCAUGGUCCUGUGGAAAGGUGUCCAAUCUGUAUUGCUGGGUGCUGGUCCUGCGCAUGCUGUGUAUUUCGCAACUUAUGAGAUGGUCAAAUCAUUCCUUAUAGAUGAAGCUACUAGUACUUCAAAAUACCACUUCUUCAAGACCGCAUUCUCCGGUGCAACAGCAACUAUCGCAGCAGAUGCUUUAAUGAACCCAUUUGAUGUUAUUAAACAGAGAAUUCAGUUAAACACAAAUAUAUCGGUGUGGGACACAGCCAAGAGAAUAUAUUCCAAAGAAGGUUUCCAGGCUUUCUACUCAUCAUAUCCUACAACUCUAGCUAUAAAUAUACCGUUUGCUGCAUUCAACUUCGGUAUAUAUGACACAGCUACAAGGUAUUUCAAUCCAAGUGGUGUUUACAAUCCCUUCAUACAUUGUUUAUGUGGUGGUAUCAGUGGUGCGGCAUGUGCGGGGUUGACUACCCCAUUGGACUGUAUAAAGACGGCCUUACAAGUACGAGGCAGCGAAAAGGUGUCUAUGGAGGUGUUUAAGCAAGCUGAUACUUUCAAGAAGGCCACAAGAGCUAUAUAUCAAGUUUAUGGCUGGAGGGGUUUUUGGAGUGGUGUCAAACCAAGAAUUUUGGCUAACAUGCCUGCGACUGCCAUUUCCUGGACUGCAUAUGAGUUCGCAAAGCACUUCUUGUUCCAUUAUUAG